AUGCAGCUCUCCGGGGCAGCGCUGCUGCUGUGCGCCGCGGCGGCGGGGAUGGCGGCGGGACCCGCACCGGGAAUGGGCCGAACCGGGACCGAACGGCGGCCGGCGGCGGGCGGCAAAGAGCGGAGGGCGCAGUUCGCCUCCUGGGAUGAGGUGAACGUGAUCGCCCACGGGCUGCUGCAGCUCGGCCACGGCUUGAAGGAGCACGUGGACAGGACCAAGGGGCAGAUGCGGGAGCUCGGCAGCCGCCUGAGCGCCCACAACAGCUCCAUGGGGCGGCUGCUGCGCCAGGCUCGGGAGACGCAGGAGCAGGGAGAGCUGCUGCGGGCCAGCGUGCGGGAGCUGGAGGGCCGCGGGCGGCAGCUCUUCAACCUCUCCGAGACGCUGCGGCAGCGGUUGGAGGAGGUGGCGGCCGACAAAGCCGAGAUCCAGGGCCGGCUGGAGCAGCUGGAGGGCCGCGUGCGGCAGGCGCUGCAGGCGCGGCCGGCGGAGAACCAAAGCUCCAAGGACCUGGGAGCGCUGCAGACCCUGAUGGAUGCCCAGAACUCGAGAAUUGAGGAGCUCCUGCAGAAGAUCAAGCAGCAGCAGUACAAGCUGGACAAGCAGAAUCUGCAGAUUAAAAGCCUGCAGAGCAAGGUCAACCUGCUGAUCCCUUUACAUCUGAAGGACAACAAAACACAGUCUCCAAAGUGGAAGAUAAACCCAAAGAAAAGCUUCAGCCACACCAACCAGAGCCAUAAUGUGAGCGUGGAGCCCGUGCUGCCACACAAGCUCCCAGAGGACUGCCAGCAGCUCUUCCUGGCUGGGCAGCAAAGCAGCGGGGUCUUCCAGGUGCAGCCCUCAGGGUCCCAGCCCUUCAAAGUCUACUGUGACAUGACUGCAGAAGGUGGCUGGACGGUGAUCCAGAGGCGUACAGAUGGCUCUGUGGACUUCGACCAGCUUUGGGAUGCCUACAAGAAUGGCUUUGGAGACCUUCAUGGUGACUUCUGGCUGGGCUUGGAGAAGAUCCAUCACCUGGUCCAGGAGGGAAGGUACAACCUCCUGAUUGAGCUGGAAGACUGGGAGGGAAACUCCCAGGAGAUUCAGUUUGAGUUCAGCCUCGGUGGGGAGAGCACAGCCUACACACUCAACCUGCUGGGACCUCUGUCUGGAGAACUGGAAAAUGCCAUUGGGGACUUUAGGCAGCUGCCCUUCUCCACUCGGGAUCGUGACCACGAUCUCAAAGCGGACACAAACUGUGCCAAGCACCUCUCAGGUGGGUGGUGGUUCAGCACCUGCGGCCACGCCAACCUCAAUGGGAAGUACUUCCGCUCCAUCCCUCGCCAGAGGCACGAACGCAAGCAGGGCAUCUUUUGGAAGACUUGGAAGGGCAGAUACUACCCUCUGAAAUCAACCACCAUGAAAAUCCAACCCACAGUGCUGGAAGCAGAGCCCUAAAGCUGCCGUUUCAGACUUGACCUUUCCAGCGGAGCGCGGUCGCGAGCUCCAUCAGUUGGUGUUUACAGGAAACAAACCCACCCUCCCCAUGGA